UUGGCAGCUUCAUUGAUGCUAUUACUCUGGUUUUAUUUCUUCCUUACAGGUCAGUUCCUGAUCCAGAAGGUUGUCCCACAGGCAUCUGGGGAGAGCUCCAAGGUGAAGGUCAAGGUGCGGGUGAACAUCCACGGUAUCUUCAGUGUGUCCAGCGCCUCCCUGGUUGAAGUUCAGAAGUCUGAUGAGACUGAGGAACCCAUGGAAACAGAACAGGUCAAUGACAAAGAUGGAGAGAGCAAGAUGCAGACCGAUGAUCAGGAUGAGCAGCAGGGUCAGGGAGAGGGUCAGAAAGAAACGGAAGAGAAGACGCCACGUGAGAAUGAGGAGAUGGAGACUACCACAGAGGACGGCAAAAGCGAGAAGAAGGCCGACCAGCCCCCACAAGCCAAAAAGCCUAAAGUCAAAACAAAAGUCCUGGAGCUUCCAAUUGAAAACAGUCCACAGUGGCAGCUAGCAGAUGACAUGCUCAACCUUUUUGUAGAAAAUGAGGGCAAGAUGAUCAUGCAGGACAAGCUGGAGAAGGAGAGGAAUGAUGCAAAGAAUUACGUAGAAGAGUAUGUGUACGACAUGAGGGACAAACUACAUGGCAUGUUGGAGAAGUUUGUCAGUGAGUCUGACCGAGAUGCUUUGUCAGUAAAGCUGGAGGAUACUGAAAACUGGUUGUAUGAAGAUGGAGAGGACCAACCCAAACAGGUGUACAUUGACAAACUGGCAGAGUUGAAGAAACUUGGCCAGCCCAUCCAGGAGAGGUACAUGGAGGCUGAAGAGCGACCUAAAGCAUUUGAGGAGCUGGGAAAACAAAUCCAGCAGUACAUGAAAUUUGUUGAAGCAUUCAAAAUAAAGGAGGAGCAGUAUGACCAUUUAGAUGAGGCAGAUGUCACUAAAGUGGACAAACUGACCAAUGAUGCAAUGAUCUGGAUGAACAGCGCCAUGAACCAGCAAAGCAAACAGAGCUUGGCGGUGGAUCCCCCUAUCAAAGUAAAAGACAUUCAAGCAAAAACAAGGGAGCUGUUCUCCGCUUGUAACCCCAUUGCGACCAAGCCCAAGCCCAAGGUGGAGCUUCCCAAGGAGGACACGCCUGCUGAGCAGAACGGGCCUGUCAACGGACAGGAGAAACCCCAGGAAGAAAAUGCAGACAAGGGAAAGGCCGAGAACACAGGCAACCCCACCUCAGAAACCACAGAAAACAAGCCUGACAUGGACCUUGAUUAAAGCUGUCUAACGCCUCCCAUAAGCAAAGCUGAACGGGAGUUGGUUGUUUCAGAUUGAGAUACAGCCCGGGUGUAUAUCAGAGCAAGUUAAGUGUUUCAGGAACUGCACUUCACAGUCAAAUGCAGGCAGCAGGUGAUUAGCACACUGAGCCCAGCUCCUGGUGGUAUCUCUCUGAUGACAUAGCAUGCCCCCCCUCUUUCUGGAUUACAUAAAUCUAAAGCCAGCCGCAAUAAAAGCCUGUUUGACAGUGAGCGCUGUACACAUGAUGGUAUUUAUUUCUGUUGUGUGCUCUGUAGUGUUCUGGUCUGUGUCACAAUAUGGUUUUAAUAAAGUUAUUGAAAAUCACAUGUAGCACAUGUGAUUCAAAUCA